ACAAAGCACCUCUCCGGAGAAGGAGGCUUGGCUCAACAACCUCCACUUCCCAUCUACUCACUUUUUGUUUGACUAAACUUAACAAAAAUGGCAAAGGCUAUUUUCCUGUUGGCACCUCUGCUAGUUUUGGGGAAUGUUUUCGUUAUCCAUGCUGCGUUUGACUCCAACCUCAUCAUAGAUAUGGCAAAAAUUGUCAUGGACAAUUAUUGCUCACCAGAGAAGCUGCAGGGGAUGAAGGAGGCAAUUGAAGCAGCCAGCAGCAACACGGAGGUUCUCAACAUCCCAGACGCUGAAACCUUGGCAAAUGUUCUCAGUGCUGGAGUCCAGACCACAGUCAGUGACCCACGCUUGAUGGUCUCCUAUGAGCCAAACUACGUCCCUGUGGUUCCCCCGAAGAUGCCCCCCUUGCCCCCUGAGCAGCUCAUUGCCGUCCUACAGACUUCGAUCAAGCUUGACAUCCUGGAGGGCAACAUUGGCUACCUGAGGAUCGAUCACAUCCUUGGGGAGGAGGUUGCUGACAAGGUUGGCCCUUUGCUCCUCGACCUGGUCUGGAAUAAAAUCUUGCCAACAUCAGCUCUCAUUUUUGACUUGCGCUACACUGGAAGCGGAGACAUGACAGGACUCUCCUAUAUUGUGUCUUACUUCACUGAAGCCGAGCCUGCACUUCACAUCGACAGCGUGUAUGACCGUCCCUCAAACACCACCACUAAGCUGUUUUCUAUGCCUGCACUCCUGGGGCAGAGAUAUGGCGUUACCAAACCCCUUAUCAUCCUCACCAGCAAAAACACCAAGGGCAUUGCUGAAGAUGUCGCCUACUGCCUCCAGAACCUGAAGAGGGCCACCAUUGUGGGCGAGAAGACCGCUGGGGGCUCUGUGAAAGUUGAUAAAAUCAAAGUGGGCGACACUGACUUCUACAUUACCGUGCCAACCGCAAAGUCAGUCAACCCCAUCACCGGCUCCACCUGGGAGGUUACAGGUGUGACCCCUGAUGUGGAGGUCAAUGCAGAGGAUGCCCUUGCGACUGCCAUCAAGAUUGUCAACCUCCGUGCCCAAGUUCCAGCCAUCAUUGAGGGAUCAGCAGCCCUGAUUGCCGACAACUACGCCUUUGAAGAUAUCGGGGCCAAUGUUGCAGAGAAGUUGAGAGGGCUACUGGCAAACGGCAAGUACAACAUGGUUGUCUCCAAGGAAAGUCUGGGGGUGAAGCUGUCUGCUGACCUGAAGACCCUGUCUGGAGACAAGAGCCUGAAGACCACCAGCAACACCCCAGUCCUUCCACCCAUGGAUUAUACUCCAGAGAUGUACAUUGAGCUGAUCAAAGUCUCCUUCCACACUGAUGUAUUUGAGAACAACAUCGGCUACUUGCGCUUUGACAUGUUCGGAGACUUUGAGGAGGUCAAGGCCAUCGCCCAGAUUAUUGUUGAGCACGUCUGGAACAAAAUUGUCAACACUGACGGUUUGAUCGUUGACCUCAGGAACAACAUCGGUGGCCCAACAACAGCCAUUGCAGGCUUCUGCUCUUACUUCUUUGAUGCUGACAAGCAGAUUUUGCUGGACAAGCUGUAUGACAGGCCGUCCGGCACCACCAUCGAGCUCCGAACCCUGCCUGAACUCACUGGAACAAGGUAUGGCUCCAAGAAGAGCCUGCUCAUCCUGACCAGUGGAGCGACUGCUGGCGCCGCAGAGGAGUUCGUCUACAUCAUGAAGAAGCUUGGCCGUGCCAUGAUCAUUGGAGAGACCACCGCCGGAACUUCCCACCCACCCAAGACCUUUGGUGUUGGUGAGACUGACAUCUUCCUUAGCAUCCCCACCGUCCACUCCGACACUGCUGCCGGGCCAGCCUGGGAGGGAGCUGGCAUCGCACCUCACAUACCUGUCGCAGCUGACGCCGCCCUUGAGACCGCCAAGGGCAUCCUCAACAAGCACUUUGCAGGCCAGAAGUAAACCAUGUCCUGAACAAAACCAGGGGGUUUGCAACAGUCACUUUUGCUUUGGCCAAAUAGUUUCAAGAUUUCAAAACUAGACUGGUCUAAGAAGUAAAGAAUGUAGAUUAAGUACAAAGUACAAAGUGUAAUCUGUUGUUCAUUAUGUCAAAACCUAAGCCUUUUUAGCCUGUUUGUAAUGUAGAGCAAAGGUUCAACAGUAGGAUCAACUUAUAGGUAUUAUUUCUGUUGAAUUUUACUGACUGCUGAAGGUUGUAAGAAUGAAUGGUGCUGAGAAGCCGAUUGUUUUGUGUGUCAAAGAUCAGUUGUAACAUUAAAACAACUUUAAAAAAUUACAUUUUUGGGAAAUCACAUUUAACACAGAUUAAGCACACACCAAAAAUGCUUUCAAACUAUGUUUGCGAUUAAUGAAUUAUGUUAGAUUUUUGGAUUUGGGACCUUUUGAAGUAAUACACUUAUUGCUCUGAGCAGCAAACCAUCACACGAUGUCCUCAUUGUGUACGGGAAAAACUGUAUGCC